UUAUUAGCCCUACAGGCAGAGGAACUGGAGCUGAGAAAAGGUCAAGCCAAUGAUUGCCUUGAAAGGAUUCAGUUGGCUCUUGGUCAUAAGGCCAUCAUCUACAGGCAACACUUUCGAAGUGCUAAUUCUGUGUGGACUGGGACAAGGUCCAAGCAAGAAGCUCAAUGUUGCCACAUCAAAAUCAAAAAAUAUGUCCGGAGUUAUCAAAGGGCAAGAUUGGCUAUGGAGAGACUGGGCAUGGAUCAAGAUUCUCUAGAGAAUAUUUAUCAAGAAAUCUUACCUGAACAGCUCAACAUUGACAAGGAGGUAACAGAAGAGAAUCGAUUUGGCCAGGGAUCAGACAAACUAGCUUGGUUUUGGAGAGUUAAUGGCGCAAAGAAGAGUCAAAAAGAUGCUUGGAUGAAUGAAUUCUACAGAAUGAACUGGCUGAAGGCCAAGGCAAGAUGGAACAGGUGGGAGGAGGAGUUGAGUUUGGUUCAACAUGAAAUGGGGUGGACAAUAGGUUGGUUCAAACAUCAAGAAGAAAAAUGGCAUCAAUGGUGGAAUGAAGCCAUGAAAUCUGGUCAUCAACCUUAUGCUUAUAGACAGGUGCUGGUGUGGAAAGCAUUUGUGAUGGAAGCUGAGGAGAAAUUC